AUGGUCUUCGCACGCCGUUCAAUCUUCCGCGCUGCAACUGCAGCCCAGUCUUUCCGUGCUGCGCCUGUGGUCCGUCGGUCUGCGCAGGCUCUCGGUCGUCGGUUCAAUUCUACUGGUGGGAGUCAUGAGCAGGGUCAUGCGUCUAGUGACUUGCCUUGGCUGUUCGGUUCCGUUGCUAUCACUGGCCCCAUGGUCUUUUAUCUUUGGCCUUCGGCGUCUGAGGGACAUGGACAUCAUGAUGCUCAUGGGGAUGAGCAUAAGGAGGAGCGUGCUGAGAAGGGGGAUGAGAAGGUAGAGGCUUCUGAGGAUGCUCCUAAGGGGGAGGAUAAGGAUGCUCAGGGUGGUGAGGAGAAGAAGGAGCAGGAAGAGCCCAAGGAAGAAAAGAAGGACGCCGAGGAUAAGGAGGAUAAGAAGGAGGACAAGAAGGAGGACAAGAAGGAGGACAAGGAAGGUAAGGUAGAAGCCAAGAAGGAAGAGAAGAACGACUCCAAGCAGGAUAACAAGAUGGACGAGUCCGAAUCCAAGGACGAAAAGAAGGACGAGGACAAGUCCUAA